GGGAAUCCGCUAGGGGCUUCGCGGGCGGGACUGGAGGCGGGUGCUGCGGGAGGCAACCGGGGUCUGAGUUUUUUAAAAAAUGGAACCUUGUUCCUGUGAUACUUUUGUGGCAUUACCUCCAGCAACUGUUGGUAACAGGAUUAUUUUUGGAAAAAAUUCAGAUAGAUUGUGCGAUGAAGUACAGGAGGUGGUUUAUUUUCCUGCUGCAGUUCAUGAUAACCUGAGAGAACAUCUUCAGUGUACUUACAUAGAAAUUGAUCAAGUUCCUGAAACAUAUGCUGUUGUCCUUAGUCGCCCAUCUUGGUUAUGGGGGGCAGAAAUGGGAGCCAAUGAGCGUGGAGUCUGCAUUGGAAAUGAAGCUGUAUGGGGAAGAGAAGAAGUUUGUGAUGAAGAAGCACUACUGGGCAUGGACCUUGUCAGACUUGGCCUUGAAAGAGCUGAUACAGCUGAAAAAGCCCUCAAUGUCAUUGUUGAUCUAUUAGAAAAAUAUGGCCAGGGUGGAAAUUGUUCAGAGGGUAGGAUGGUAUUUAGCUAUCACAAUAGUUUCCUGAUAGCUGAUAGGAAGGAAGCGUGGAUUCUGGAGACUGCAGGAAAGUACUGGGCUGCAGAAAAAGUACAAGAGGGCAUUCGUAAUAUUUCUAAUCAGCUUUCUAUAACAACCAACAUUGAUCGGGAACAUCCAGACAUGAGAAACUAUGCUAAGCGGAAAGGUUGGUGGGAUGGUAAAAAGGAGUUUGAUUUUGCUGCAGCAUACUCUUAUCUUGACACAGCCAAGAUGAUGAUUUCACCAGGCAGAUACUGUGAAGGCUACAAGCUUCUGAAUAAACACAAAGGAAAUAUAACUUUUGAAACAAUGAUGGACAUUCUCCGAGAUAAACCAAGUGGCAUUAAUAUGGAGGGAGAAUUCCUGACCACUGCAAGUAUGGUUUCUAUUUUACCUCAAGACUCCAGCCUUCCUUGCAUUCACUUCUUCACAGGGACUCCUGAUCCUGAGAGAUCCAUUUUUAAGCCUUUCAUAUUUGUACCAAAUAUUCCACAACUCUUGGAUACGAGUUCACCAACAUUUGGACAUGAAGAUCCAGUUAAAAAGAAGCCACGUUUUCAGUUUAAGCCUGACAGAAGACACCCACUCUACCAAAAACAUCAACAGGCAUUGGAAGUAAUAGAUAAAAAGGAGGAAAAAGCCAAAACCUUGUUGGACAACAUGAAGAAACUGGAGAAAGACCUAUUCAAAGAGAUGGAAUCAAUUCUUCAAAACAAGCAUCUUGAUGUGGAUAAAAUAGUUAAUCUCUUUCCUCAGUGUGCAAAAGAUGAAAUUAGAAUUUAUAAGUCAAACAUUAGUCCUUAGUGGUCAUGUAUGGUGAGCAAUCUUCUUUAAAGUCAGAAUCUAUCACCUAUCAUCUAUCAUCUAUCAUCUAUCACAAAGUUAUCAUUGGUAAAUGAUAACAGAUCUGAUUAUUCUUUAAUAGCAUUUACAUUAAUGGCCUAUGAGAACUACAUAUAGCCUUGCUGAAAUAUUGAGAAUGAAAAUAACAUUGGAAUUAGGCAUGUAUAUCAUGGGAUAGCCAGGAGGUAUUUCAUGUAUUUAUUUGCCUAUUUUUUUUUAGCCAUAAUACCUUUUAAAAAAUUGUAAUAA